UCCAGUUCCUCGUGGCUGCUCUGGGAAGGGGUCAAAGGUCACGGAAUGGAGCGGGAAAGGCUCGGAGCACUGGUGAUACUGGGAGUUCUGUCCCUGGCCAGAGGGGACCCCCCCGAUGCCACCAGUCCUUUCCACUAUGACUGGUGUCACCUGCGCGUCGGUGGCCUCGUGGUGGCAGCGGUGCUGAGCGUGGUGGGGAUCAUUGUCCUGUUCAGUGGGAAGUGCAAGUGCCGGAGCAAGGCCAGCCGCCGCCACCCCCCAGCAGAGCUGUCACCCCUGGCAGGGACAGGAGCCACCGGCUCGCGCUGAGCUGUCCCCAAGUGUCCCCAAACGUCCCCGAGAGGUGACAGAGGGGAGGGGACGGAGCCCUCGGGGAUGUCCCCAAAUGUCCCCAAGGAGGAGCAGGAAUAAAAAUGGGGCAAAAAAAGGAGAUUUUGGUCAUUGGGGGAGGGGCGGCAACAGCGGGGGACGGAGGAGGUGACACGGGGACAUCGGGUGAGGGUGGUGGCACCAGGAGGUGACACGGGGACAUCGGGUGAGGGUGGUGGCACCAGGAGGUGACACGGGGACAUCGGGUGAGGGUGGUGGCACCAGGAGGUGACACGGGGAC